GCGGGUGCCGGAGCCCUGGCACGGGCUGCCCAGAGAGGGGCUGGGGGCUCCUCUUUGGGGAUCUCCAGCAGCCGCCUGGACGUGGGGCUGGGCCCCCUGCUCGGGGUGGCCCUGCUGGAGCAGGGCUGGCACCACAGGGACCCACAGAUGCCUGACACCACCAGCCACUCCGUGAUCCUUUGACAAGGGAAUCUGAUCAAAAAUAGUCCAUUGAGAGCCCAGCCAAGAGGAACCUGCCCAGGAUGGUGACAAUCUCACUGGCAAAGAGUUCUGCUCAGAGCUAAACCUGAUUUUUUCCAUCCAUCGCACCCAAUCAUGCCCUUUCCCACCCACGCGCUCACCACCACCUCUUCAUAGCCUUUACGCCUCUCGUUGCAAAGCAAACAAGAUGAUAAGAGCCCGGCUCUGGUGUAUUAUUUCAGCCACAGGAAAAGUGCAUUGCAACACUUCAGGUUCCUGCACUUGGGAGGCAGGAAUGGGGAAAUCUCUGUUAGAGCAGGUAUUUUAGAAGCAGGUCUUAAUUAGGCAAAGGAAGUGUGGAAACCAGCAAUUAGACAGCUGCUCCAGCCCUAGAGGGCAGCACAAAAUAAUAAAUAAAAAAGCGGAGCUCACAGGCAAUCUGAAAUCAUAUUCUGCUCGACAAAAGCGUCCCUUUUACAAUGGGAAUUUUUACAGGCACAACUGAACACUGUGUACUUACUGCCAGAAAUCUGGACGUGUCCAGAUGCUUGGACCUGUCUACCUUUAUCAACCUCCCUAAUUCCUGCCAUGUGCCAGGGAAACCCCUGGAAAGCCUUUAAGUCAGGUGUGUCGUAGCUGGCUCUGAACCCCUGCCCUGCCAUCAAACCGUAGCACACCGAGCAGUGGGGCUGUCACUAAGAGAAGGAGAUACAUCUUCCAGGACAGGUUUCAAGAUGACGGGCUUCACUUUUAACAGCCGUGAUUUUUAAGCCUUUAAUCCACAAGCCCUAAAGAUGCAGAACACGGUUUAGGUGCAGGGGUAGGAGGCUGCAACCCCUCAGGAAUGCAACUCGCAGACACAAAACCCUAAAGUAAACACACCGCCCGCACCGCGCACGCAGCUAAGCAAUGGCAUCGGCAGCGAUAAGUCACUUAUUCCCCGGGGCCUGAUCCCGACAGCUUCUCUGGCAAAAAUCCCCCCGUUUCUCAACGCCUGCGAGGACCUCAGGAUGCCGCACAGUAGCUGAGUCUGCUCAGAGCACACAGCGGUGGCUAGGACCCAGCAAGAGCCUGGAGAGGAGUCCGGAGGAAGACGAGCAACUUAAUUUAAAGCAGACACUGUCCCAAACAAGGUUAUUUCCCUGAAAAAUGCCUUCGGUCUGAAGUUAUGAGUAAACCUCUUGGUGUCCUGAAUGGGUGAACAUGAAGCUGAAGAAUAAUUACCUUGGUUCCAGGACUGAAUUGCUGUUGGAGAGCUGGAUAUGUUUUUUAAAGACAUGACAAGCAGCAUAUGGGAAUGUGAGAAACCCUUGAAACAAGAACCAUGAAACUGUACGUCAUCUUCCUCCUGGCAGUGGUGAACAGAGGGAUCUCUAACUAUCGGCCUGCAGAGGGGAUGCCCUGUGAAAUGACAAACUUGCAGGUAUUUUGCCACAACAAAGACCUUCGGCAAAUCCCUCAUGAGUUCCACUCAAACGUAAACAAAAUUGAUCUGUCUGGAAAUCUGAUACAAAGGAUCCCUGAAAUGCCAUUACCAUUCUAUACUUCUCUCCAGUGCCUGGAUUUAAGCUCUAACCAGAUAAGCUUCAUCGCGCCUGGAGUCUUUGCACACAUGACAAGUUUGCUGGAAAUAAAUUUAGCCAACAACCACCUAUACGAGCUUGCUCAGAAUGGGACAGAGGGGAUCGGACUUUUACCCAAGGUGGAAAUACUGGACUUGUCUCACAACAGCCUCUACAAUGGGAUGGCUGAGUAUUUCAUAAAGCAAGCUCCAGCACUGCGGUAUCUUUCCCUGGCAGACAACAGUAUUAUAAUGAUAUCGCACAAAAUGUUUCGGGGUUCUCCAGGUCUUGUGGAGAUAGACCUUCAGAGCAAUAUCAUCAUGGAAAUAGAGGAAGGUGCUUUUGAGACUCUAGUGAAUCUUUCCAAACUCAAUCUCUCCAUGAAUUCAAUUACUUGCAUCUCUGAUUUCAACCUCAGGCAGUUGGAGAUACUUGAUCUUAGCAGAAAUAGCAUCGAGUCCUUCCACACCACAGAGUCAGAUGAUGAGUAUAGCUUAAGAAUUUUGGAUCUGAGUGAAAACAAACUACUUCGCUUCCCUGUCUUCCCCCUUGUGAACAAGCUGGUAACCCUGAAUUUAUCAAAGAAUUUAAUUCAGUUCAGUACUGAAUCCUCUCAUAAUAAAAUGGAUUAUAUGAAGAAUGACUGGCUAGAUGCUUCUUUUCUUCUUCUUGAUCAGAAACAAAGUAGAAACAAAAGUUCUCUUAAUUUAUCCCAACUUGUGUAUUUAGACUUAAGCUACAAUGAAAUCAAAUCAAUCCCGAAUGAAUUCUUUGAAUCGAUGUUGUCCCUUCACACCCUUAAUCUCAGUAAAAACUGUCUUCAGUCUUUUGCAGUAACUUAUGACAGUGCAUUGAUCUCCCUAACCGUCCUUGACUUGAGCUACAACUCUUUGCAGAACCUUCUCCUGGACUCUGUCACACUGUCGAAUUUGAGGGAGCUCUACAUUCAAAACAACCACCUUCAGACCCUGCAAUUUGAUAUCUUCUCAAGCCUUCCUAGCCUCAGACUGCUUAAUCUACAGAGCAACAACAUCAGUCUUUGCAGCAUGUACUCAGGAUUAGCUAAGCAGAGACUUGUUGGGGAGGAGAGUGGUUGUGUGUCAUUCGUUGAUUCUCCUGCUCUUCAGUACUUGUACCUCGCUGACAACAUGCUGAGCAUCCUGCCAGCGUACACUUUCUACAAGACUUCUCUGAUUGCUUUGGAUAUCUCCAUGAACCCAGGCCUGAAAAUUGAAGUCAAAGCACUAUCAGGACUGGAACGGUCUCUUGAAUACUUGCAUUUACAUGGCAAUAGCCUGAUAGAAUUAAAUAUUGACUUGCCUUGUUUCAGUCACCUGAAACACUUAAACCUCUCCGAAAAUCAGCUGAAUUGGCUGCCUAGGUGGGGUAGCGACUCUCCACUGGAAGUUCUGGACCUACGGAACAAUAGGUUUAGUUCAUUACAGAACAGCAAUAUUUUAGCAUUAGAAAAUUCUCUUAAAAACUUGUAUCUCACUGGUAAUCCACUCAAUUGCUGUGGAAAUAUCUGGCUCUCAUCGAUGAUCCAGAACAAAAACGUCCACAUCCCCAACGCAGAGCACUUAAUGUGCCAGCACACUCAGAACUUUGGGUUCCAGGAAGAAAUGCACAUUGGGAACAUUAGACCAGAAGACUGUGAAAAAGAGGAUCUAAAGAAAAUCAACUUCCUUAUUAUAUUAACGUUUGUGCUGGUUUUGUCCGUGAUCAUCAUUGGAGUGGGUUCAUUUUUUUGCUUCCGCAGGCAGAACUUCAGCCAUCAGUUUAAAGCAUAGCACGCAGAUUGCCUUGAAAACCAAAUAAAUCAGGUGCUACACUGUCGGUGUGUAGAAAUGAAGGGUAAAAUUCUCCUCUUUGAUUUUUAACUGUGGAUUUUAAGACAGUUUCAAAGUGCCCCUGAACUAUACCACUAUAGAGUUCUGGGUUGCAGGGACUAAAAGGAGAAUUUGCCAUGUUUUGUACUUGCUUUAUUCACAAGCUGAUCUGCCUAGAAAGUUUAUAGAGUGAUAGAAGAGGCCCCCUGUAAAGCCCUGUUGUUGUGAGGGAGAUGAAAUUUAAGAUACUUUGUUGAUGUCAUCUUCAUAAAAAGGCUUUGUAUAAAUUGAGUGAUGUAACUGAAACACUUUUUUAUGACGACAUCAGCUUAGUAGAAAAGUUCUGCACCUCCAUGAGAUAUUUCACCUUGCACUGAGAUUUAUUUCUUUCCUAUCAGGUUGGAAAUAACGUCUCCCAAAUGUUGAACUGAAAUCAUAAAAACUGGCACCAGGGCAGGCUAAAACAUGAUGUUGCACUGUUUGAAACUGAUUGAAAAUCUCCCUGGAGUUCCAAAGCAAUGAGAAUUCAGCUAAGUGAGCAAAUCGCAUUUCAUGCCUGAUGUGCUCAUGGUGAUCAUUUAGAAAAACCAUGGCUGACCAUGGAAACCACAGACCUUAGUGGUAGCAAACUCUGUGGACAUCUUCCUUUGCUUGUAGUAUGUUGCUGCAGCCAUUGGGGCAAGGCUUGGGAGGAAGAUGAGAUUAAUUAUACUAGUCUUGGCACUUAACACCCACCAGGGGUGUAACAGAAAUCUCAGGUGUGAAGCAGCUGCACUAAACGUUACCCAGACCUGCUCAGAAGGUCACAGGUCCACAGUUCAACUCAAAGAGGAGAAAUUUGCCCCUCACGUGCAAUACAUAUUUAACUGGGUUUAAUGUGAAGAAAUUCAUCUCUGGGGUGAGCGCUUUCUAAAAGAAGUCUUAGAGAAUGAAUUUCAACCAGCUAACAUUGGACUGAAAUGUUUAUAUUUCUAAGGAAAACUGUUGGGAAUUCACUGCAUACAGAUACAUUUCAAUGCAAAAAGAUAACAUAUCUAUUUUUAAAGUUCACAGGAGGUUAGGCAGGCAAAACAUGUUUUAAAGAUACAAACGUGAAGCAAGAUACAGGGAACCGAGUCCUGGGCCAUUAUUCAGAUCAGAGGUCCACUAUCUCUCUAAAAAGAGAUUGUGGUGUAGAGGACUGGUUGCAAGAAAAAGUCUGUAGAUCCUCUUUCUGUGAUGGGUUUAACACGGCCAACCCAUUGAGUCACUAAAAGCAGGCACUGACAUAUGUUAUGUCCCGUAUCUGAUAGCAGAUUCACCCUUUUGAAGUGAAGAGAUGCUCACCAACAGUGGGAGCCUGACCUACUGAUGGCAUCCAGUGGCUUUGAAAGGAGCUGUGUCAGGUUUUCCGAUAAUGCCAGGAACUGUACAUUUAGGCACAUAAGAGAAAUAGAAGUCAAACCCAAACCUGUCCAGGUAAAUAACUCAAAUUGCUGCUCCACUUCUGUUUCUUCCAGCUAGUGAAUGUCAAAAUUAACACACUACAAAAAAGAUGUAUAAUUCUAUUUUUCAAGCAGAUAUGUAAGAAACUGGCUGGUAGAUUUUGUUGUGGGAUUUUGUAUAAUAAAAACACCUUUGGAUUUUGUAAAAUACACAGGGAUGUGAAUAUAUUAAAGCACCAGCUUGGAAUACUCCACAGAUGAAA